CAGGGUCACCCAGCAGGAAAGAGCCCCCCCCGGAGCGAGGCAAUGGCCUCACAGCCUGAGAAGCGGGUCGCCUCGUCCGUCUUUAUCACCCUGGCACCCCCACGUCGAGAUGAGGCUGUGGCUGAGGAAGUGAGGCGGGCAGCUUGCGAGGCCCGGCCUGGCCGCCCCUGGGAAUCUGCUGCCCCCACGAAGGCACCUGGAGCUGGCUCGGCGGGGAGGCCCAGCCCCUGGACCCAGGCUGGGCAGGUCAUGGCCUGUGUCCCUUCCACCCCAGACGUCUGUGCCUUCUGCCACAAGACUGUGUCCCCCCGAGAGCUGGCCGUGGAAGCCAUGAAGAGGCAGUACCACGCCCAGUGCUUCACGUGCCGCACCUGCCGCCGCCAGCUGGCCGGGCAGAGCUUCUACCAGAAGGACGGGAGGCCCCUCUGCGAACCCUGCUACCAGGACACCCUGGAGAAGUGUGGCAAGUGUGGCGAGGUGGUCCGAGAACACAUCAUCAGGGCCCUGGGCCGGGCCUUCCACCCAACCUGCUUCACGUGUGUGAGCUGUGCCCGGUGCAUCGGGGAUGAGAACUUUGCCCUGGACAGCCAGAACGAGGUGUACUGCCUGGACGACUUCUAUCGGAAAUUCGCCCCUGUGUGCAGCAUCUGUGAGAAUCCCAUCAUCCCCCGAGACGGGAAGGAUGCCUUCAAAAUCGAGUGCAUGGGAAGAAACUUCCAUGAAAAUUGCUACAGGUGCGAGGACUGCAGGGUCCUCCUGUCCGUGGAGCCCACGGAUCAAGGCUGCUACCCGCUGAACGACCGUCUCUUCUGUAAGCCGUGCCACGUGAAGCGGAGCGCUGCGGGGUGCUGCUGAGGGCACCCACCGCUCGCCCCGGUUGGGGUCCCUUCCCUGACUCGGUUUCCCUUCCUGGCCUGCUCUUGCACAGUUUCCUUCCGAGCCACUCCAGGGACCAGCCCAUCCCGUCUGGGAUGCAGGGCUGAGCCCCCCCGGCCCCAGCCUCCUCCCAGCUCAGCGGUGGCUGUAGACGGUGCCCCUCAGACUGUCACCUCUUCCUUCCAUCCUCUGGGCACGGGGCCUCUCUAUACCAUGAGCAUCACCCCUGGGUGCUCAUGUCCGAGGCUCCGGUCGCUCUUGUGUGCUGGCCUUGACCCCCCAUUUCCAGGAGUGAGUUGGGGCGAGUUUCGGGUGGCACCCUGGGUCCCUAGCAAUGACACUUUAGCUGUCCCAUAAGGUGCUGAGAUCAGCCCUGGCUUGCAGGACUUGAGCCAUUUGAGUAAAACUCCAAGGUUCCUUAAAAAGCGCUUUUUAAAAAAUUUAAAUGAUGGGAAACAUUCUUUGGAUUUUGUUUUUGUUGGGGGUGGUUGUAUCGUAAUAGGAAAUGUCUCCCGUUUGUUCAUAAAUGGACAGGAAUGGUGGUGCAUGGCCGUGGCCUUCUCACCCGGGGGACAUGGGGCCCAGGCCUGGCUGUGAACCUAGGAGGGGGGCAGGAGGAAAGGGUGGCAUGUGCCGACACCCAAGGACAUUGGCCUCGCUCCACCCUGCGCCUGGUGCUCCUGUGUGCGAGUCAGCUGACAUUGAUCGGGGGCCUGUUGUUUGCCGGGGAACAGGGUGCAGGUGCUCUGGGUGUUCCUCCUGCAGCCUUGAUGGAGGCUGUGCACCCCCCCAACACCCACCCUCCUUCAGGACAGUGCCGGGGGGCGGGGUGCCCCUUCAGCCCCUUGGUCAUCUCCCCAAGUCCCACUUGGACCCUCCCACCUAGGCUGCCCUGUGACCACUGCCUCUUCAAGGCCACACCUAGAAGAUCCAUCUUCCCUUUUAAGGAAAAUCACUUUUGUUGCUUUGUAACCUCUGAGGCAUUUUGUAGAACAUGAACAGAUGAAUACGUGCUUUGCUCCCUGGGGUCUUGAUGCACCACAGGCUCCUAGGAGGCUGCCCCGGGCCCCCAGCUCCGAGAGCUUGUCUGUAGAGCCCCUUAGGGCUUCAGAGCAGAGCACAGCUUCUUGCCUGAAGCUGGGAGGAGGGGGUCCCAGACUCCAGGGCUUCACGUACCACCCCCACAACGGUCAUCAUCAAAGACCUCACAUUCUCUCGUUUCCUUAAUACUCUCUUUAAAUCAACAUACUUUUUUUUUUUUUACUCCCAACUUUAGUCUUGUGCUAAACAAUAUAUCCAUGCAGUCACUGUUGAUGUGCUAGUUCUAUUUUUUUCCUAUUAUACAUGGAAAUAAAUGCAUAACUAUUAGAAGUC